AUGGCUGCAAACAGCACUCCCGCACCUUCCGACGUAGACGAUGAGAUUAAUGCUUUCAUGGAAGCUGACUCCCCAAACGUUAGUCCCCUGCCACAGCGCGUCCUGAAACGCGCUCGGUUAACCACUGACGAUGGCAUGAGUGGCACUGAGGAUGGUGGUAGCGAGGGUGUCACCUCUGGCAGCAUGACACCUUCGGGAAUGCCUGCUACCGAUAUAGUUCAAGCUGGCUCGCUCGAGUCACAUAUUGUGGCUUUGCAGGCUAGCCACAACCGUGACAAUGGUAGCUCUGCCAGGGUAGCGGACUUCGUCAAGAAGGAGGGAAAGCGAAUGAAACUAUCCGCUGAAGGAGUCUCAUUCUGCCAGACAUGGGCCACGCGACCCCCGAGUGAGCGGGACGCGCUGAUCAUGCUUAAGCUUCAAGCAUUAACUGAGAAGGUCAACGAAAUUGUGAAGGCACAACCCAAGUAUGAAAUCACGGAUGAUUUCAAGAAAAACAUUGAGAAACAUGCGACAGCGACAUUGCUCUCAAGUCGACUGUCUCACUACAAGGGUUCGGUGCCAUGUUCUGCCACAGAGAACCUCCUCAAGAAGUACUGUGCAAACGACUUGCCGGCGAAUUACGACCGCAAUGUUGCAGACAGCACGAAAGUCCGCAAUGCAAUUCAGACAAGCCAGACUCAAACACGCUCCAAGUGGAAGAAGCUGAUCCGUGGCAGCCUUCAGCACGAGGAUAAGGGAGACUGCCCCGAUAUAUAUACGUUGACCAAGACUAUUGUGGACGGCCAGUGCGCCAUAACUCCUGCGGUAUGCGCACGGGUGGCUCUUAUGAGAAAGGUGUAUGCUACGAAGGGGAAGGAGGACGAACACAAUUACUGGAGCCACGUCGACCGCACUCUCGCUUCAAUGAGAGACAAGGCCAAAACACUGGGGGAAGGCGACGGUAAGAAAGCUCAACACAAGCUGAACAAGGCUAUGACACAUAUUCUCGAUACCGACCGUGACACGUACGGCAGGCAGAAGGAGGACCAAACUGAGCAGGAUGAACAGGAGGGCUAUCAGGAAGAGGUUGACGAGUAUCUUUCGAAGGGCGGGGUGACGGAAUUGUAA